CUUUACACGUCAGUAAAACCCCACGGCUGUACAGUAAUGUUCUCACACACAAAGACGCAGUAAUUCAGUGUUUAGUCUUGUGUAGUUUGGAGAUGUUCCUGUGUCCUUCUGUCAACUGCAUGGACAAUAGAGGAGAAGAAGAGGACAUGACGAUGGUCAUCUAUAAAACUAGAGAUGAUUUUAAAGGCUACGACACGGAGAUGGAGAAAACUGAUUUAAAGAAUAAGCUACAAACUCAACACUCAGGUGGAGACAUUGCAUGCAACAGGUGUUACAGAGUGACUGCAGUGUGUGUGGCACUGCUGUGUGUUCUCCUGCUGACUGCCAUCACAUUGCUGUGGAUCAAAUACAACAUUCUGAACACAGAAUACAGCCAGUUACAGACCAGUAACAACAACCUGACUAUAAAGAGAGACCAGUUACAGAGGGAGAGAAAUGAAUGCCUGCGGAGACUUUGUGAUUUGGACAAAGAGAGGUGUUUCAGCUUCAGCUCCAGUCUUUAUUUCAUGUCUAAUGAGAAGAAGAACUGGACUGAGAGCAGACAGGACUGCAGGGACAAAGGAGCAGACCUGGUGAUCAUAAACAGCAGAGAGGAACAGGAGUCUAUUGUUAAACAGCUGGGCAGCUUCCUGGUUUGGAUUGGUCUGAGUGACAGAGAGACACAGGGAGAGUGGAAAUGGGUGGACGGUACACCACUGACUACAGAGUUCUGGAAUAAAGGGGAACCGAAUAAUUUAGAUGGUGAGGAGGACUGUGGUGAAUUUUUAAGUGCUCCAAAUGUGACUGUCUGGAAUGACAAUAAAUGCUCUAUUAAUCUACACUGGAUCUGUGAGAAACGUCUUUCACAGUAAAAUUAUUUUACAUUAAAAAGGUGUUUUUGUACAAAUUUUUACUAAAUAUAUACAGAAUAAAAGGCAGUAUUUUAAUAAUAAA